GACUGAACAGGCAAACUGACCAGGCACAGACGCUGUAGGAGCUCCGCACCAGCCACCUCGGCCCUCCCUCGCAGCCAGCCCCGAGGCGGGGCAGCCAGCCGCAGGAGCCCUGGCUGUGGCUGGGGGGCAGUGGGCCAUGCCAGGGGCAGUGGAAGGCCCCAGGUGGAAGCAGGCAGAAGACAUUAGGGAUAUCUAUGACUUCAGAGAUGUUCUGGGCACGGGUGCCUUCUCAGAAGUGAUCCUGGCAGAGGACAAGAGGACUCAGAAACUGGUGGCCAUUAAAUGCAUUGCCAAGAAGGCCCUGGAGGGCAAAGAAGGCAGCAUGGAGAACGAGAUCGCCGUCUUACACAAGAUCAAGCAUCCCAACAUUGUAGCCCUGGAUGACAUCUAUGAGAGUGGGGGGCACCUCUACCUCAUCAUGCAGCUGGUUUCAGGUGGAGAGCUGUUUGACCGAAUUGUGGAGAAAGGAUUCUACACGGAACGGGAUGCCAGCCGCCUCAUCUUCCAGGUGCUGGAUGCUGUCAAGUACCUGCACGACCUAGGCAUUGUGCACCGGGAUCUCAAGCCAGAGAACCUGCUGUACUACAGUCUGGAUGAAGACUCCAAAAUCAUGAUCUCUGACUUUGGCCUCUCCAAGAUGGAGGACCCAGGCAGUGUGCUCUCCACAGCUUGUGGGACUCCAGGAUAUGUGGCCCCUGAGGUCCUGGCCCAGAAGCCCUACAGCAAGGCCGUGGACUGCUGGUCCAUAGGAGUCAUUGCCUAUAUACUGCUCUGUGGCUACCCACCCUUUUAUGAUGAAAAUGAUGCCAAACUCUUUGAACAGAUUUUGAAGGCCGAGUAUGAGUUUGACUCUCCUUAUUGGGAUGACAUCUCUGACUCUGCCAAAGAUUUCAUACGACAUUUGAUGGAGAAAGACCCGGAGAAGAGGUUCACCUGCGAGCAGGCCUUGCAGCACCCAUGGAUUGCAGGAGAUACAGCGCUGGAUAAGAACAUCCACCAGUCAGUGAGUGAGCAGAUCAAGAAGAACUUUGCCAAGAGCAAGUGGAAGCAAGCUUUCAAUGCUACUGCUGUGGUUCGGCACAUGAGGAAGCUGCAGCUGGGCACCAGCCAGGAGGGGCAGGGACAGACUGCUAGCCACGGAGAGCUGCUGACACCAACAGCUGGGGGGCCAGCAGCUGGCUGCUGCUGCCGAGACUGCUGUGUGGAGCCAGGCUCGGACCUGCCCCCUGCACCACCCCCAAGCUCUAGGGCCAUGGACUGAACAUCAAGGAAGUCAGGGUUUCUUCCAUGGGAGGGGUUGGAGGCAGCCUUCCUCCUCACCCCAGAACUGGGGAGUUUCUGACCCCAUACUUCUUCACCCCUCCCCUCUCACUCUUCACUGCGUUUUCCAUACAAAUGUUUCUAUUUUAUUGUUCCUUCUUGUAAUAAAGGGAAGAUAAAACAAGA